UUUUAGUAAAAAUGUUGUAACCAUCAUAUACACAUUAUCAUUGGGACAGUGAAUCGUGGUCCAAGAAAGUGGUUCUUGAUCUAGUAUUAUUGUACGAGAUUUGUCUUGCAUACAUUUCUUUGCAAUACGAAGGUUUCUUCCUUAUAUUUUUCUUUAUCAACAAGAAAUAGUCGCAGGAAGAUAAAGAAUUUUCGUACCUGGAUAGUAUUCUGUUCGUAUAAAAAAAAGAUGUAAAAUAGUCCAGCCUUCAAAAAAUCGUGGAUGUAUCAUUUCAUUUAUUCUAAAGUAAUAUUAAACAAGCAUAGCUUAUUAAAUUUCUCUUUUGAAGUGAUGGAACUUGUCGAAUAGGAUGAAAAUAGGAUAAAAUUACAAAUCUUACAAGUUUGUGAAGUCCUUUUCGAUUCUACAAGCGACCAGAGAUAUGUCUGACGGAUUGAACUUAUACAAUUGUCCUACGACUCGACAAUUUUUUCCUGUCGCUCACUGGAUAUUACAAAAUAAGCGAGUAUGAUAGAGGAAUGUCUACAGUUUUUACCAUCUUGCUCAUUAUAAGUACCUCAUUAUUAAUAUACGCUAUCGUGCCAGCUUUGUAUUGAAGACUUUCUGUGAAAGUUUCUGGUACAUUAUACAUACUCUCGAUGGUAAUGUGAAGAAAGUUCAUUGCUUCGUUUGGUUGAGAAAUCGGUACAUGAUCUUGCAAAGCUGUUACCGUAAGACGCGGAAGAUUCUGCCAUGAAAUUAAUUCACCAUCAAAGGAAAAGUGAAAUUUAGCUGACCUAAAAAUCUGGAAAGGCUAGAUAUACAACGUCACAAGAAUGGAAGCGCUACGAUUUAAGGACGAUUCAAAGGAUAAAACUAAUGAAUAAACUUCACCAUGUUUAGAAAUCAUAAAAGAAUCACUAUCCAAAUUUUGAAAUAUGUCAUUGGCUGUGGCUUGAUCUUUUGCAUCAUAAAAUCAUUACUCGUGGGAGAUGAAAAUAAAGAAAUACCAAAGUUCAAUGAUCUUGAGAAAUUACUGAUUGCAACAGAUGUGGAGAAUUCAAAGCGAUUGUUGACCGUAAGAAACACGUGUCAAAAAUAUAAUCUAGGGACGUACAAGAAUCCUGAUAAGCCUUCUGCAUUUAAACACCCACCAGCACCGCAAUAUAGUGUUUUUUACAUUCUCAGAUCACGCGAUCUUUCAUACUGUCCAAUUUACAAAGCCGGCAGUACAACGUGGAUUUACAAUUUAUGUCUCCUAAUGAACGUGAGGGAGAAGGAGUUAAACAGUGGAAAGGAGCAGAUAUCGACCAUCGCCAGAAAGGCGAUACCGGAACUCGAGUUUCCAGAAGCGGACGAGGCGCUAAGAGCGACGAAGAAACUACUGGUAGUAAGGCACCCAUUUGAAAGAUUGCUGAGCGCGUAUCGCGAUAAGCUGGAAAACUCUGUGGCUGGAAGGGAACACGGGACACUUCACUUUUAUCGGAAGUACGGCAGCAAGAUUGUUGAAAAGUACCGUGAGGCGAAUUUCAUGCCGCCUGGAGAAGAUCUGGUAAUCAGACGAAACGGUGAACCUCCACCAGCGGGAAUCGAGCCAACUUUCCGCGAAUUUGUGCAAUACUUAAUUCACACUGAUUUGGCAAAUUAUGGAGAUGAUCAUUGGAUGCCGUAUUAUUUGUACUGCACGCCUUGUGCAAUUGAUUACGACAUUCUUGCGAAGGUAGAGACAUUAUGGCAGGAUCAGAUUUAUACGAUCCAUAAGUUGCAUCUUGAAGAUGUGAUUAAACCAAGAUGGCGACAUAGUGGUGGUUAUCAGAAUGCAUCGAAAAUAUAUUUUGGUCAGUUGAACAGAGAACUGGUACAAAAGUUUUAUGAAAAAUUUAAGCUGGAUUUCGAGCUUUUCGAUUAUUCGCCAGAUGACUAUUACCAAUACGCAACAGCUUCUUAAAAUUCUAUAAUAAAUUUUUCUAUAGAAACGAGA